AUGUCUGGGAAUGAGAUCAAUUAUUCGACGGAGAAGGAGAUCGGCCACGUCCCUGAGAAAGAAAUCGCACCUACACCGGAUUACACCCACGAUGGUCCAGUGGACGGAGAGUUGGUUAACGCUUCGGGCCAUCGCCAAGAACUAGAGCGGAACUUUGGCCUUCUCAGUAUCUGUGCGGUAGCCGUGACCACCGGAAACACAUGGAUUGCCCAAGGAGGUAGUGUGGUGGUGGCAUUGAGUAACGGUGGAUUGGCAGGAACUAUCUAUGAAUUCAUAGCCGUGUCUAUCUGCUACUGGCUGGUCGCCGCAUCCAUUGCCGAAUUGGCAUCGGGUAUGCCCUCAGCCAGUGGUGUCUACCAUUGGGCAACUAUCACCGCCGGGAGUAAGUACGGUCGCGUGUGUGGAUUCUACGCUGGAUGGUGGAAUUGCCUGGCUUGGAUUCUCGGUGCCGCAUCCAUGUCUUUGAUUCUGGCUCAGCAGACCGUGUCUAUGUAUCAAUUGAUGCAUCCCAGCUUCGUGCCCUCACAAUGGAACGUCUUUAUCAGCUUCCUCCUCAACACCUGGGCCUGUUGCGCUAUUGUGUUGUUCAUGAACCGCUUCCUACCUCACAUUGGAAACCUGGGUUUGUUCUUCAUUCUCGCUGGUGUGUUCGUGACCAUCAUCGUGUGCGCUGUGAUGCCUCAUGUGAACGGCUCUGCAUAUGCCACCGAUAAGCUCGUGUGGGCAACUUGGGAAAACGGAACCGGUUAUGCCCAGCAAGGAUUCGUCUUUGUCGCUGGUAUGCUCAACGGUGCUUACAGUGUUGGCACCCCUGACUGCUCGUCUCACUUGGCUGAGGAAAUCCCCAAGCCGAGUCGAAAUAUCCCCAAGGCUAUCCUGGCCCAGAUGGGUGUCGGUUUCAUCACUGGUAUCUGCUAUAUGAUUGCAAUCUUCUAUUCCAUCAACGACCUCGACCAGGUGCGCGACUCGACCACCUUCUUCCCCCUGGCUGAGAUCUACCGCCAAGCCACCGGCUCCCGUGGCGGCGCUCUGGGUCUUCUGAUCGUCGCUUACCUGCCUACCUUUAUCACUGCCUGUGGCUGUUACAUCACCGCCGGCCGUACGCUCUGGACUAUUGCUCGUGAUGGCGCCACUCCAUUCUCGGGAUGGGUUGGACGCAUCAGCCCCACGUUCAAGAACCCCUUCAACGCCACCCUGAUCUGCACCGGUCUCGUCACCAUCCUGGCGUGCAUCUACCUCGGCUCGACUACCGCCUUCAGCGCCUUCGUGGGAUGCUUCGUGCAGUUGUCCAGUCUUUCGUACUUCAUGGCCAUUUUCCCUCACAUCUUGACCCGCCGUUCUUCCUUCGUGCCUGGAUACUUCCACAUGAAUGACACAAUUGGCUACAUCGUCAACUCCCUGGCCUGUGUCUACAUCAUCGCCUUCGCUAUUAUCUUCUGCUUCCCUUACGCUCUGCCUACUGAUGCCGCGUCGAUGAACUAUGCCAGUCUGAUGACUGGUGGUCUGUCUAUUUUCGUUACCGUCUGGUGGUUCGUCCACCAGGGCUCCUACGAGGGCCCGAAGCAUGUCCCGUUGACCGACAAGGCCCUGGCCGACGAUGCUCGGUAA